CGCGCAUCCGCAUCACGGAGGAGGAGGAGGCGCGGCGGCGGCAUCGGCAUCGCAGGAAUCCAGUUGUAAAGUCCAGACGGAGGCAAAAUGCGCUGAGGGGAGAGCUGUGAGGAGGGAGCUCGAUCAUCAGCCAGAGAACACCUUCCACUGGCGCGACUGGAGGAAAGAGGGAUCAAGAGAGAGAAAGAGAGAGAGACAGAAACAACGGGCUUCGGACAAGUUGUGAUUUCAGAGGAAAUCCGACUGGAGAUGAAUACCAACGAUGCCAAGGAGUAUCUGGCGCGGCGGGAGAUCCCGCAACUCUUUGAGAGCCUGCUGACAGGGUUGAUGUACUACCGGCCCGAUGACCCCAUCGAAUACUUGGAGGGCUGUCUGAAGAAGGCCAGGGAGCUCGGGGGAACAGAGAAGGUGCGGUGGGACACGUUUGUGGGAGGGGAGAAGAAGUCGCUGCCCCCCCUCAACGGGGGCCAGUCACGCCGGUCCCUCUUCAGAAAUGUGAUGCCCGACAGCCCCAACUUUCCCUACAGACGAUACGACCGCCUCCCUCCCAUCAGCCAGUUCUCCAUCGAGAGCGACUCGGACCUGUCGGAGACGGCGGAGCUCAUCGAGGAGUACGAGGUGUUCGACCCCGACAGGCCGCGGCCCAAAGUCAUCCUCGUCAUCGGUGGCCCUGGCAGCGGUAAAGGAACCCAGAGCCUGAAGAUCGCCGAGCGCUACGGCUUCCAGUACGUGUCUGUGGGCGAGCUGCUGAGGAAAAAGAUGAUCCACAACGCCACCAGCAACAGGAAGUGGAGUCUGAUCGCUAAAAUCAUCACCAACGGAGAGCUGGCGCCACAGGAAACCACAAUCACUGAGAUAAAGCAGAAGAUCAUGAAGAUCCCGGAAGCCAACGGCAUCGUCAUCGACGGCUUCCCUCGAGACGUGGGACAGGCGCUGUCCUUCGAAGACCAGAUCUGCACCCCUGACCUGGUGGUGUUCCUGGCCUGCACCAACCACCACCUGAAGGAGCGUCUGCAGAAGAGGGCGGAGCAGCAGGGCCGGCCCGACGACAACCCCAAGGCCAUCGACCGCCGGCUGACCAACUUCAAGCAGAACACCAUUCCUCUGGUCAAAUACUUCCAGGAGCGGGGCCUCAUCGUGACGUUGGACGCUGACCGAGACGAAGAGGAAGUCUUCUGCGAUAUCAGCGCCGCUUUGGACAACAAGCUGUUUCCCUCCGAAGAGCCUGCAGCCGGUCCAAGCGAGCUGGAUCUCAGUGUCCUGGGUGAAAGCAGCAGCCUCACAGACGCUGCCGGCAAGAAUGAAGAGGCUGAAGAGGAGGAAGACAUCGGCUACGCUGAGGGAAACACAGAAAGUUUUUGUACAGAACAGAAGAAACCAAAGGUCAUCUUCAUGAUGGGCGGUCCCGGCUCGGGCAAGGCGGUCCAGUGUGAGCGUAUGGAGGAGAAGCUGGGCCUGCGCCGCGUCGCCCUGGGCGACCUGCUGUGCAACGAGCUGCAGUCCCACAGCGAAAGAGGGCGCCACCUGCGGGACGUCCUGGAGAGGGGCGAGCAGCUGCCCGAGGGCGCGCUGCUGGAGCUGCUGUGCGAGGCGGUGGCGUCGUCGGUGCGGCAGGGAAAAGGCGUGGUGGUGACCGGCUUCCCCAGAGAGCUGAGGCAGGCCGAGGACUACGAGGCCAAGAUGGGCGAGCCCGGCGCCGUGCUGCUGCUCAGCUGCUCGGCCGACACCAUGUCCAGCCGCCUGCAGUGCCGCGGCAGACCCCCCGGCCCCCCCGACCCCCCCGGGCCCCCCGGGCCCCCCGCCGACCUGCAGCGGAGGCUGGACAGCUUCGGCAGCGACAGCCAGGCCGUGGCCGCGCAUUACCAACGCAAGAGGCUCCUGCACACGAUCGACGCCGAGAGGCCGCCGGACGAAGUGUGGGCUCAGAUCUGCCAGUCGGUGGAGUCGUCCUGCACAUUCUGAACCCCCACGGUCUGCCUGCCAAACUGCCGUCCGGGAGCCCCACCUGUGAAGACCCCCCCCCACCCCCACCCCACCGCCCCCACAUCACCUCACAUCCGAUCCAGUGGCUGCAUGUCUCACCUGCAAACAGUGAACCCCUCCUUCUGCUUCUCACUCCGACAGAACCUCUGGUGUUCAUAUUCUGCUUCCUCCACCCCCCUCCUCCACCCCCCCUCUCUCUCUCUCUCACAUCCACCUCAGUAUCCGCCGCCGCCUGCCAUGACUGGACGGAGGAACCGGCACUCCCUGCUGUGACUGAGAGCAUGCUGCAUGUGGAAUCUGCUGCGCUGAGCCAGGUCGUUCUCUUCCCCCCCCCCCCCCCCCCCUCCCUCCACCCAACAAGUAGAAAUGUCAGCGUGUGCUCAUGCUCUGACCCACAGCACCGUGCGUCGUAUCGUAACAAGCAUGCCAGAAUUACAGCUCAGCUUCGCCGCCUUUUUUGUGCGUCAAAAAGAAAAGGUUAAAAAAGAAAAAAAAAAAAUUAAAUGAAGAGUAUUAAAGAUUACUGCAUUUGUAUGUUU